UCUUUUUCAUUGACUCCUUCUAGUUCCCCUGGCAGCUCUGAUCUUCCUGGGUGUUAUCUUCAUCUUUCUCACGUUCCUGGUACUUCUCUUCAUGUACCUCAACCGUAUUGCUUGCUUUGCUAGCUGCGGAGGGUGUCCUUGUAUGGAGGAGAAGAAGAAGAAGAAGGAGAAACAAGCCAUUCUGGGUGAGAGCUUUGGAUAUGAGGAUGAAGGGUCUUCAUCUGACAGUGAGGAUGAGACCAUUCUCCGGUAUCAACAAUCCCUCCUACCUCCUAAGAGUAAACAACCUACCAUCAGCACCAAACUCAAGAGAAACACAACCAUCACUAUUGGAGGACAAUCAUCUCACAUGUAAUCCAUGCAAGCAUGUUUGUAGAUCUAUACUACAUGGUCUAUUAUGUACAAUGACGUUUUUAUGUUUUCUCAUCUUUGAAGUUGCUGAAAAGAGGCAUAUUAGAUUCUCCAUUUACAUUCAGUAUCAUAAAAUGGGGCUCUAUAUUUAUUUUGUAUAUCAGAGAUAGUGCUUUAUGAGGUUUAUGAGGGACAUGUGUGAUAUGUAUGCCACUCUAAAUAUUUAUAUAAAAAAAGAAAAGAUUUUCUUAAAAAUGAAUUUGAUGUAUUCCUUGUACCUAUGAUCGGGAUUCAUGCAUUGUGCAGCUGGAGGUACAUAUAAUGUGGUAUCAAAAUCUGAAAUGAAACCAUGUACGUGAAGUAUAACAACACAAAUAGUAGUAUAUGGGUCUCAUUUUGACUGCCCAUUUGUGUUAAGUGCUGAGGUUAAAGGCCAGAUCAUGCUGCAUUCGAGUGGGUAAAUUGGUACUGGAUCAACAUUAUCACUAAUAGCAUGCUGAGAAGGGACUUCACUGUCAUCAUAUAGUAUACAUCUUACUUUUCAGAUAGCAGAAUUACAUUAAACAUAUAUUAUAUCAAGGAACUUUAUACAAGCAAAGAAAAUUUAUGAGAGCAGGCCUGCAUGUGACUUGUGUUUUCAAAUGUGUUUAAAGAUAGUCUAUCCAAAUGAUAGUAAAGGGGCGUUUGAGUUGGUAAUGUUAGCAAUAUAAUUAUUAUUAUUAUCAUCAUAAUCACCAUAGCCAUUAUUAACAUAGUUAUAAUUUCAUCAUCAUUAUCAUCACCAUAGCAAUCUUAGUAGUAAAUAUGGUUAGUUUACAUGUUUUGUAUUUUCCAUGACACUGAAAGAAGUAAAACAAAAUCACACAAUAUUUAGAGUAAAUUUAAUAUAUGUAAAAUGAUUGGCCUCAAACAAGACAGAGAUCCAACUUGAAAUAUUUUUAUAUGGUCAUGCUAGAGAAAGCAGAGAUAAGGGCUGAACUAAAGCAGAGAGUAGGGCUGAAUUAAAAGCAGAACGUUUGUCAUCUGGAAGGCAGCUUGAGAAAGAUGCAGUUUCAUAUGACUACUGGAAAUAUAUUUAGAAUAAAAUAGGUAUCGACUAUAAUGUUUCAUUUUUUAAAACAGAUUUGAUUCAUUCAUUAUUCUCCCUGAUUUCUUGAGAUAUCUGUGAUAGUUUAACUUCUUUCAAAUAUUCACCAUGAAAACUGAUGGAGAAAGAAAUGUUACUUUCGCUGUUUUAAUACUUUGAGCACAGUUGAAAAAAAAACAUGAAUAGGUAUUAUGAACUAAAUGCCUGUACAUAAUGAUUAGUAGGCUACCGAUGCUACAAACAUCUGGCUGUCACGUUACUUCAUCAACUUUAUCACAUAUUUUUAGUAGAAAAUGUAGUUUAGGAGUAACAUUGGAGAGGCAUUUGAUUUUACUUUUUCUUUGUUUCUUUUUCUUAAGGGUAUUUUUAUUCAUUGCCAAUAGAUACCUUUCCUGUUUUAUGUAUGGCAGUCAGUUUUAUUCAAUUCAUUCAUACUCUUUGAGAUUGGUUUAGUUAGUGACGUACAUUCAGAUUAGACUGAGACUGGUUCCACUGGUAUGGUCAAUUAAAUAUUGUUUGCUGGUCAUCAUUAGUUUUGAACAGGUGCCUCUAGUUUUAUUAUAGUUAGACGAUCGAUCUACAACUUAUGAACACUAUAUUAAGAUAUAUUAAUAAGAUUGAGAAUAGUAUAAUAGGGAGAGCUAAAGGUAAAAGUGUAGCAAUAACUGUAAUUAAUGAUACUGAAGUAGAAAUUCAGUAGUUAUAUAUUUUCAUACUUUAAGCAAUAAAUGAAGAGAUAUGCUUUGUGAAAUAAAUUAGUAGACCUAUUUUCUUACAUUAGAAAAUGAACUUGAUCUCCUGUCCCUUUUAAAAUCAAUGUCUGGAUUUGUCACAGAUGGUAGUUCCCAUUCAAAGUACAAUAAUACUAGAAUCCACACUACCAUAACCACUCAAGUUCACAAAAAUUACAGCAGUGUAUCCAGAAAACAAUCUUAAAGCUUGGUGAUUUGAUGAAACUUUAUGCUAUAUGUGUAUAUUGUUUGAGUUUAUUAAAGGUAUAUUCUAUGAGCAUAAAUGUUA